ACUGACUCCAUCACGCAUGCGCAGCGAGGUGUGCGCUCAGGGAGUUGCGCUGGCAGGUACACAGACAGAGCCCCGGUACACCUGUGCUGCUUACCGCAAGACAAAAUGUCUGGAUUCGAUAAUAACCCCUUUGCCGAGCCAGUUGAUGUCAAUCCUUUUCAGGAUCCAUCAGUUACUCAGGUGACCAACACGGCAGCCGAUGGCAUAGGAGAGUUUAACCCGUUUACUGCCGGUGCUCUGGAUGGGCGCACCAUUCCCAUAUCAACUGCCUCUCAACCAGCAGUCCUGCAGACCACAGUGGAGCCCAGCCCACAAGCCAGCGUCGCUGCAGGACAGGCUGAGCUCCUCCGUCAGCAAGCGGAGCUGGAGAAGAAGGCUGCUGAGCUGGAGCGUAAAGAACAGGAGCUCCGGGAUCGAGAUACAGCAUUAGGUAAAGACAACAACUGGCCACCUUUGCCCAAGUUUUUCCCCAUAAAACCUUGCUUCUAUCAGGAUUUUAAUGAAGAAAUUCCUGUGGAAUAUCAGAGGGUUUGCAAGAUGAUGUACUACCUCUGGAUAUAUCACAGUGUGACGCUGUUUCUGAACCUGCUGGCCUGUCUGGUGUAUUUUACGGUCUCUACUCAGAAUGGAGUUGACUUCGGACUCUCAAUCCUCUGGUUUAUUUUGUUCACUCCUAUCGCGUUCCUCUGCUGGUACCGACCUGUAUACAAAGCCUUUAAAUCUGACAGCUCCUUCAGUUUCUUCUUUUUCUUCUUCAUUUUCUCAUUCCAAGUAAUCGUGUACAUCAUUCAGAGUGUUGGGAUCCCCGGCUGGGGAAACAGUGGCUGGAUCACAGCCAUCUCUGUGCUCAAGAUUAACAUAGCCGUGUCAGUCUUCAUGAUGGUGGUGGCUGGAUUCUUCACUGUCAGUGCUGUGCUGUCUGUGAUCUUACUGAAAAUGGUUCACUCCAUGUACAGAAACACAGGUGCGAGCUUCCAGAAGGCGCAGGAAGAGUUUUCUCAGGGGGUCGUCACAAACCGAACCUUCCAGUCCGCUGCCACUACAGCUGCAUCUUCAGCCGUACAGGGAGCCUUUCAGUAAUAGCCACUGUCACAUAAACUUCCAUCAAACAACCCAAACCUCUUACGGAAAGGACAAUCUGUAUUUGAGGCUUCUCAAAGCUCAUGUUUUUUCCUGCUGCAAUACAUUCAUUUGGUUACUGAAAAUAUUUUGAGGUGAAAAGUUAGCUGGCUGUUGAUCGGUGAGGCACUUUAGAUGAUGACAUGGGUUCUGUCCGAAUACAGGCUGUCUUUUCUUUCUGUAAUCCUCAUGUAAUGAAGGCAAUAUUUAGAGAUGGUUUUAUGAAGUUAAAGUGAUUCAGUGGCACUAUUUAAAGGGAUGCUCCACCCCAAAAUGAAAAUUUUUUCAUGAAUCACUUACCCCCAUGUCGUUCCAAACAAC